AUGAACUUUUUCUCUGACUUUCAGCCCGCAUGGCAGUCUCUUCUCCUUGAAUACGAUCCCUCUUUAAUCGAAUGGACAACAGUCUGCACCAGUCAGCUAGUCGGGUUCCUCGUUCCAGGCCUGGUCUUCUUUCUACUGGACCUGUUACAGCCAGCAUGGGCACGACCAUGGCGGAAGCCAGCUCAGUUUCCCACCCACCUAAAGUUAUGGAAGAUGGUCCGAUGCUCAACGAAGAACAUGCUGACGGGCUGGGCUCUCCACGGACUAUACCUCUGGUGUGCGUACCCACGGACUCUGUUCGUGGUCGAUAGUCAACUGCCCACAUGGAAAGCAGCCGUUGGACAGUAUAUCGGAGUGUUCUUGCUCGGGGAGGGGCUUUUCUAUGUCUUCCACAGGAUGAUGCAUGAGAACCGGUGGCUUUAUCUGAAGAUCCACAGUAUCCACCAUGGAACGGGGGUGGCACCAACGGGGAUGUCAGUCUGGUAUGGACAUGUCGUGGAUCACUUUGUGUUCAACGGGUUGCCAUUGGCAUUGGUGACGCUGGUUCCGGCAAUUGUUCUGCAGGCUCAUAUCUUGGUUGUGGAGGCGCUGUCUAUAUUGGCUCUGAUCAGUGGUGUAGUGAGCCAUAGUGGGUAUUAUUAUCGAGACAAGACAGUGUAUGAUCACUGGGCGCACCAUGAGAAUUCGUCUAAGAACUUGGGGGCGUAUGCCAUGAUGGAUGUCUUGUUCGAUAGCUAUACCGCUUCACGCUGA